UUGAAGCUCCCAUGGUUAGGUGAAGCGAGGUUGAAAGUAUCGAGUUGGAAGUUGCAGCAAGAACAACAAAGCAAAGGAUGCAUUGGUUGGGUCCCGACGUACCUAUUUUUGACCCAAAUUUCAGUUACGAUCACAAUCCCUACUCCUACGACGAUGAUCUCUUUCGAAACGACGACGUUCCGCGCAGUCUCAACAAUGCCGUUGUGGCCUGUCACCACGACGGAACCUCCCCACUCCCCUUGGGUAUGGAUUGGAGCCCUCCGCCGCGGGAAUGGGCGGGUCGGAACACCGUUUGGCCGCGUCAUCCUCCCACCGGUUGGAGUUUCUGCGUCACGCUUCCUUCGUGGGUUACCGUUCCCCAACCGCCACCUUCUGAUCCCGUCGUUUUUUUUAGGGUUCAAGUUGGUAUACAAUCCCCUGAAGCAACCACCACCACUCGAUUAAUAUUACGCAGAUUUAGCGACUUCGCUGGCCUAUAUUCUGAACUGAAAAAAGAAUUUGCUAUGAAAAAUCUGCCUCCACUUCCACCCAAAAAGAUGCUCAGAAUUAAAAGCCACGCUCUUUUGGAAGAGCGACGGAGCUCACUAGCAAAUUGGAUCGAGAAGUUGCUAUCCGACAUUAAUGUAUCAAGAAGUGCCCCGGUGGCAAUAUUCCUUGAGCUAGAAGCUGCUGCUAGAUCAUCCUUCCAUGAAGUUAACGAGCAUCUGGAUGAAACCUCUGCUAAUAGAACUACACCUGCACAAGUGUUUCAGGAUAAUAACUCUCCUGGUUCAUAUGCUGCAUCUGUUUCUGACAAUGAUAAACUUUCUGAGCUGGGAGCACCACAGCAUGGAAGGGAUAAGCAUUCUGAUCAAAUCAUGGAUAAUUCAACAUCAGAGCAUGGGUUAAUUAAUCAAAGUGAAACAGCUGUUGAUCAUGCCACAUCUGGCAAAGACUUUGUUAAUAAGGAUAAUAGUAGAGACAAAGAUGCUAUGGCUCUCAACCUGGAUGGAACUGAGUUUACACGCAACUUGAAUGUUCAUAUUAAGAAACUCUCUUUGGAAAGCAUUGGAAAUGACUUAAAUUCUUUAAAGAAUACUGAAACAACUUCAACCACUUUUGUUCAGGAUGUUGCACACGGCCUCAUCGAGAGCCAUGAUGAAGCGUCCAGAAACUUGGACUUAUUGUUGACUUUUCCGAUGGAUGACCGGCACAAGUUAAACAAAAUUCUUAAUACCCAGAAACAGAGACUGGUCACUGCAAAAGCAGAUGUCGAAGAUCUUAUAGCAAGAUUGAAUCAAGAAAUGGCUGCAAGACAAUAUCUUGUGACAAAGGUCAAAGAUUUGGAAGUUGAACUUGAAACAACUAGACUGAACUGCCAAGAAAACAUGCAGCAGGCUGUUUUAGCUGAAAAGGAAAGGUUUACACAAAUGCAGUGGGAUAUAGAGGAACUUCGGAGGAAAUGCAUGGAAACAGAAUUGAAAUUGAAGUUAGAAGAGGAUGAAAGGCUGCUAGCAGAAUCUACAAAAGCAUCUGCCAUUCAGGAGAAGCAAAUGUUGCAGCAAGAACUAGAUGUAGUUAGAGAACAACUUAAAAACUUGCAGAAACAUCAUGAUGAAUCAAAGACAGAUAUGAAGGUUCUAAUCAAGGAGGUAAAAUCCCUUAGAAGUGGUGAGUUAGAUCUGAAGCAGCAGCUCGGUGAAUUGAUCAAGGACAAGUUAGAUUUGGAGAGAAUUCUCCAGAAAGAAAAGCAAAGAAUGGAAAAUUCACAUAAUGCUAAUACAAAGUUGCUGCAUGAGUGUGCAAUCCUGCAGAAGAGGCUUCGCGAGUGCAGUGUAAAUUUCCUUGUUGAGGAGGAAGAUAAGCUAAAUAUAGACACUUCGCCAUCUGAUGCUCUAGAUUUAUUGGCUACAUCAGAUAAUCGGAUUGGUCUCUUGCUUGCAGAGGCACAGCUCUUAGCACAAGAUGUAGAUGAUGCUGUUGUUGCUGUGGAAGAGACCCGUGAUACAACUACCGACAGUAUUGUGAAAACUUAUGAUGAAUUGAGGAAGAUGCUGGCACAUAUGUUUGUAGACAAUGCCAGUUUAAGGAAACAAGUCAAUUCGGUUAUUCGAAGUGCUCUAAAUACAAAUGUCAAUUCUGAAGAGGAAAGGGAAGAAAUCCAUUUACAAAAAACUGUCUUAAUCAAGUUCUUAGAAAAAUAGUAUGUCCAAUCCUACACCGUGUCUAUUACUGAGUUACACGUUAGUUGUGGCUUAUAAUUUUUUUCACCUGUAUCUUUUCAUCACAUCUAGUGAACAAAAAAAUAAGUGUCAAGCUUGUAUACUGUACUACUUGUAGUCAAUGAGGCUAUUGGUAGCGCAUCCAUCAAUCAAUUAUAAUCUAUAAAUAAAAAUUUGAUCAAUAUAAAGAAAGCAA